AUGAAGUCCAAAUCAAUUGAAUUGCAAAGAGAAUCUUCUGAAAAGACAAAUCAAAAUAAAACAUAUGACUUUGUGAACUUUUAUAAACCAUGUAACGUUAAGUUAAUAGAGAAAAGAAAAUCAGAUGAUAGUAGCAGCAAAGAAAAUGAAAAUUUACUUAAAACAAAAGAGGUUGUUAAAAGAGAACAUUCACCAAAUAAAAAAAAGAAAAAGUUUAAAAAUGAUAAUUGUAAUGUGGAGGAAGGCUGCGAGCCCCAUGGUUCAAAAAAUUCAAAUGAUCCUAAUAUAACUUCUACUCCAAAUGCUCAUGGAAAAAAAGAUAUAAAUGCAAAUGUAAAAUCAAUAAUGAAAAUCACAUCUGUAGCAGAUAAUUCUUUUGAUAUAUCAACAAUUAGUACACCCAAUACUAAACCAAAAAAAAGAAAUAAGUCAGUGAGCUUCCUGCUUGAGGAAUCUAAAGAUGUUAUUGUAAAAAGGUCCAAAUCAGAACAAUCUGUUUCAGAUAAUAGUAAAUCACAGUUAAAAUCUACCAUAAAAAAUAAAAAACAAAAAAAGAAAGUCCUCGAUGGAAAUGAAAGUCAAGGUAUUGCUAACCUCUCCGACAUUGAUAUUGAUAACUCUGAUAGAAAUGAAACGAAUUCUUUAAAAAUAAAAAAUAAAGCAACAUCAAAAACCUCUGAAGAAAUAAACAUUGAGUUAACUGAAAAAGAGACUAAAAGAGAGAAAAAGAGAUACAAGAAGCAGAAAAAAUCAGUUGCAGCUGAAAUUACAACUGAUAUGGAAAAUGAUAAUAAACCGAAUGUUGAAGGUCAAAUUAAAGUUAAAAAGCUAAAAAAGAAUAAACUUCAAUCCAGCCAGUCUACACAAGCUGAAAGUAUAGAAUCUGAUGAUAAAUCAGAUUCUAAAUCUAGUAAAAAAGAACUAAAACCAGAAGUUAUUGCUCAAGAUUUGCAGAAUCUGAACAUUGGUGACAAUCCACAUACAUUAACAAAUCUUCUUGAUGAAAUGGCAGUUGUAGAUAAAAAUAAAAAGAAAAAGGAUAAAAAGAAAUUUAAAAAAAGUAGUCCCAAAAAUGGUGUUAAUUCGUCUAAUAAUAAUAAUAAAUCUAAAACAGGAACUACUAAUGAAGAACAAGAGUCUAAUGAAGAGAAGGAAAAGGUAAAAUGGAUGAAACGAAAGUGGAACAAGGAUAAGAAAGGAGCUGUUAAUGAUGAAAAACUGUUGACAUCUAUUAUUGUUGAAAAUCUGCCCCUCAAAAUUAUGUGCAACUACAAAAAGCUAUUAACAGAUCACUUUGUUAAAUUUGGGAUAAUAAAACAAGUAGGAGUGGCAGAGUUAUACUCUAUUGAAGAUCCUGAAGUGUUCACUACUACAAUUAAUUUUUACAGUGAAGAUGCUGCAAAAAAGUCAUUAGAAGAAGACAACACACUAUUUGAAGGCAAUCGCAUUCGCAUUAAGAGACCAAUGCCUCCAACACAAACUACACUAGUGGUCCGGUCGUAUUCUGAUUUAUCUGAACCAGCACUAAGCUCAGUAUUCACAAGUGCAGGAAAAAUAAGGAAUGUAAGACGCUUAGUUAAAGGAAAGAAAUCUAUGUCGACUGCAUUUGUAGAAUUUGAUGGCCCAGAAGCUGUGAAACGGGCGAUUAAAAUGGCUGAAGAUGUAAAAAUUGGUGGUAAAAAGAUUUUCGUCGCUAAGUUUGAAAUACGUAAUAAAAGUAAAAAGCAGAAAAAGGAAAGUGAAAAUGAAGAAAACACUGAGGAUUCAGAGGAA